AUGAACGACGACGCGCCGAUCGCGGACGUCGGGACGACGCGGCGAAACGCGGCGAAAACGAUCGAAGAGGCGAUGGCGAGCUCGACGAUCGCGCGGUUGGCGUGGAGCGGGUGGACGCACGUGACGAGACGACGAAGGGAGACGAACGCGCGCGCGACGGCGCUGUGGCGGGAUCGGUCGCGACGAACGAGCGCGCGAACGCUGAUCGCGUGGGCGCGAAUCACGAAGUUUAACGCGAAACGACGGGAGAUGACGCUGGAGCGAUCGAGGGCGCAGCGGGAACACGCGAAAAAGUUGAGGACGCUGAGGGAGUGGAAGGCGAGCGUGCGACGGACGAGGGAGGCGAGACGCGACGUGAUUCACAAGUAUUUGGUGUGGCGGGCGAAGAAGUUCUUGAGGCAUUGGCGACAGGCGACGGAGGAGAGCGUUGAGGCGCGAGGGGGACGGAAGCGCGCGGUGGAACCCGCGGCGGCGGCGGAGCCGAGCGCGGCGCCGACCAAGGCGGCGGCGGUUCGCCGCAGGGAACGACACGCCACCGUGAGCGUGGGCGACAUGAAGAGCAGAUUGUGGACCAAGGCUGACCCCGCGGCGGUGCCGAUGCCGGUGUCACACGUCGUGGAAGAGAUUGAAGCCGCGGUGAUGGUCGAACGAACGACGUCGGGGACGUCGACGACGUCCACGACAACGACGUCCGCGCCUCAAACGCAGCGCGCGCAAGUUCGACGACGGAAAGUCGUCGUGCGCGAGUCCGGAGAAAAUGAAGCGGAGGAAACGGUAGUCGUGACGAAGAAGAGUGCCGAUGCGAAGAAGAUGACGAAGACGAAGACGACGAAGCUGGUGGACGCCACGACGAUGACGCCGGUUGCGAGCGCGGUCUCGCAGCCGUCGCCGCGAACGUCAUCGUCAUCGUCGCAGCACAUGUCGACCAUCAUUAUAGUCGUCGUACUGUUGGCGAUUUUCGGCGCCAUCGCGCUCGCGUCCAUCUUGACUGGCGUCUCGCCUUCCUUUGUCGGCGCCGGGGCGACCUCCGUCGUGCGCCAGCAUCUCUCCGAGGCGCAACGAAACGUGACGAUUUUAGCGCGUGCGUCGGCGAUGCAGCGAAGAGAAUUAGAGGCGUGUCGUACGUUCGGUGGCGGCGUGCCCGACGCGAGUCAAAACGCCGCAAUCGCUUCCGCGGAGGCCAAGGUUUCAGAUUCCGUCGUCCAAGUUGCCGAUUUAGAGGUGAAACUCACCAAGGCUAAAGCCGACGUCGCCGCGGCGCAGAGCGCACAAAAGUUAGCCGAAGACCGAUUCAAUCGCUUAGGUUCGUCAGCGAUGACUGUGGCGCAGUUACAAGAGUCGUUACAAAAGAUGACGACGCGAGCGACGUAUUGCGAGUCCACGUCGGCGCAAGCGUUGAAGCUCAAAGCCGCCAAAGACAUCGCGACGGCGCGCGCCGAGAGUGCGGAGAAAGACGCCGCGGAUACGAAGUCGAAGUUGACCAAGACUAAGACGCACUUGUUGGCGGCGCAGCGCUCGUUGACGCAAACCGUGGAUGUGGCGAAUGAGUGCAGGUACCAAAUCGGGAAGCCCGCGUACGUGCCGUCGUAUCACUCCAACUCGUCCCUGCUCCGCGUCAUUGCGGACAUGUUCCCCGCGUUUUCGUGGUUCUUUUCAUCCUCGGCGUUGUUGUUUUACGUUGUGUGCUCGUAUGCGUACUAUUUGCGCGCGAUGGUGGCAUCAUUAGUUGGUGAAAGAGAUACGCUCGUCGGUGAAUUGGCGAAAAUUCGCACGCGAGGCGUGGCGCCAAACCGGCCGCAUCUCGAGCACACCAGGGUGAUGCACGAGCAUAGCGCGGAAAGUAGCGGUGCUGACGAUGAUUCGCCAUCAGUCGGUAAGACGUCGUCGUUCGAUCGGAAGCGUUCCCGCAGUGUGAGCGACAUCGGAAAAGAUGGCGCGGAGACGUCGCAAAAGAAGACCGCGACGGCGAGCGACGUCAAGGAUAACGACGAAGAGAACGAGUCCGCAGCGACGAGAGUGGAGGAAGUCACAAGCGCUGAAGAUUUGAGCAAGGAGCAAACAGAGCGCGCGCACAAACUCAUCGAAAGGUGGGCUGAGAAGUCAGCCGACGACGAGAUUACGGGCGAACUCGAUCGCAUCCGUCGACUCGUCGAAUUGGAAGACGAGCGCGAGCGAUUAGAGGAGGAGUCGCAGCUCGAGCGGCUUAAGCGCCAGAUUGAGUUAUCUGCAAAUGAUACGCCGUGGCUUUAA